GUGGAGCUGGACCACAAGGAAGCACGUGCUUUGCUCGCGCGGCUGGCGCCCAGCAGUAAACCUGCCGAGGAGAGACCGGCCCAGUGCGGCCCACCUGCGGUGCCGAACAGAACGGCCUGGGCGGCUGGGCUGAGCAAAGAGAAGCAACAAGAAUGGCUUGUUGACUGUUACCGCAUGCGCCUCGACGAUGACUAUGCCUGGGGCGGCUGCAAUCUGCAUGGCCUCUAUGACCCGGACCACACGCCUGCCACGAUCCUUCAAGAUUUUCUGGUCUUCUGCAAGCUGGCCGUCCUCCGGGGUGUGCUGCCGAAUCUUUGGGACUGGCAAGGCUUGCUGCAGCGUGCCAGCAAGCUCCUGCCCUUUGCGUUUGAGAAGUCAGACGCCAAAGAGAAGUGGGGCGGCGAGAACUUCUUUGCUGCUAUGAUGGGAGGUAGAUCGCUGCGCUUCACUGGAGAGGUGAUUUAUGGCACAUCGAUGCAGAAUCAGUUCGACACGGAUCCUGAGCACUCGCGGCUAGAGGAUCUGUGCGAGUCAAUGCCGCGACGUGCUGACAGUGCUAAGUUUCAGCAGAAAGCCAAACUUUUUGCCGACGUUGGUGGGCAUGAAGCCUGGCUGAAACUACUGGAGACGCUCACGGCACAAGGCUGUGGCGGUGAGGACUUCGAUGACUUUGACGACGACUACGAUGACGACUAUGAUGACGAUUACGACGAGGAUGAGGAUGAGGAUUAUGGCGACGAUGACCCGCCAGUUGCAGCAGCAAGCAGCCCAAGUACUGCUGCCACCGCAAGGAGCGGUCUGAAGCCAAUCGCGGAAGUGCGAGAGAAGUUGCGGGGGUGGCUGACCUCUUUUCCAGACGUUCCCAGCCAAAGCAUACGCUACGCCUCUGACCAGUUGGAGGAUGGUGACAAGCCGCAUUACUCCUUUGGAGCAGACACUGGGCGCACCAACUACUUCAAAUUCGCUGAAGUGAUUCCUCCGCGACAGACUCUUCCGCCGCCAAGCGCAUACCCUGCAACAGGUACAGAGGCCUGCCCGCUGUUUGGUGCGUCCUUAUGGCCUGUGGAGGGGACUGACCGCAUGAAGGAGAUUUGGAAGAAGAUCGUGUUGCUUCCGGUCUUCCAAGAGAUGUCGUGUGAGGCGACAGUCCUGGCAGUAGGCGAACAGCGGGAUGGCGGUCGCAACGCUUACAUGCAACUUUUCGUGCUGGCCUGGUACCCUUCAGAGUGUCAAUCCGCCUGUUGCUAUUAUGAUCCCACGUAUCAAGAUGCCACUGUCAGCGUGAGGGCUGGGUUGGAUCCACAAAUUGUUCGCCAAUCCUUACAUAAUUCCCGCUUCACAGAUUGCCCAAGCUUUGGCGGUAUCAUUGCAAAGCUCAGCAGCACGCUGAUGGGACCCCAGGCCCCUCCAGGCAACUUCACGGAGGACUGGGAAUUAGAUCCGCAAGCCCUGGAUGACGCAUACUUGGAGCAGGCCUUCUCUGGAGGCACUGGCGCAACCUCAGCCCAAAGCAACAAGAAGAAGAACAAGAAGAGCAAGAAUGCACAGAGAGGCUGA